AUGGUUGAUCUGUCAGGCCUCGAGAUAUUCCUCGCCGUCGUCGCGCUCAUCGCCGCGAUCUGUGCCAUCUCCUGGACCGUGCGAUGCUUAAUCGGCCGGCGGUUCGAGGUCGCCACCGGCGAUCCCAACGGGGAGCGCCAAGGGUUGCUGAACAAGGAGGAGGUCGUCAUCAUCGACGUCGCCGCCGCCACGGAGGCGAGGGGCGACGACGUGGCGCUCUGCGCGAUCUGCAAGGGGAGGCUCGCGGUCGCGGUCGCGGACGGCGGGGGACAGCCGUGCCGGCGGCUGCGGCCGUGUGGGCACGUCUACCACGCGGAGUGCAUCGGCCUGUGGCUGCAGAGGGGGACGACGUGCCCGGUGUGCCGCGCCGACGUCGUUGCCUCGCGGAACGAAAUCGUCGGCGCGAUGGCGUGA